GUCGUUGGCAGUUGGUCGGUUUAACUGCGUUCUUUGCUUUUUAGUUCAAUAAUCAAUUUCGAUAUGCCUUUCACUUUUCUAUAAAAACGUGCAUUUAAAGUGGAAAUCCUAAGUAGUACUGUCCACAUAUUUGGUCUAUUGUUACUGUCAUUGAUAUCACUUAUAACAGUGCCAUGGCAUUUGGUUGGUCUGUACUUUAAACACUUACAAUGGGUUUAGAUUUCGAUGUUUUGGAGUUUUGUAAAAAAUUACGACAAAAAAGACCUCCACCGUAUCAAUGUCCUUUAGAAAAGUGCGACAAAGUAUACAAAAGCUUGUGUGGCUUGCAAUAUCAUUUAGUUAACUAUGAUCAUGACAAUCCGACACCGGCGACUCCUGCUGUAACUAAUAACCGCAAAAAAGGCAGAGCUCGGGCUGCGGUGCCGACUGGAGACAUUGCUCUUCAAAGUCCUCCGAAAGAAGCUUUGACUUUCGCGGAAGCUCAAAAAGUUGUACAAUUUGAGAUUGAUGGUAAAAUAAGUAGAAUUCCUAUUGACCAACCGCUACCAAUUAUUUCAUUAGAAGAAUGGGAAAAAAAAAAUUCAGAGUUGGAAAAGCCAUUGCUUUUUGUUGAACCUCCAGCCGAACCACAUGUCAAAUUACCAGAAGCUACUUUUAGGCUUAUACCAGAUUACAAUGAAAGAGUGUGUGAUGCUCCACCACGUCCUAAUGCCUAUAUACGUUUUAUCGAGAAGUCUGCUGAAGAAUUAGACGGGGAGGUUGAAUAUGAUGUGGACGAAGAAGAUACUGCAUGGCUGUCUAUCAUUAACAAGAACAGAGUGAAACAGAGUUUACCACCUGUAUCUGUUGAUACUUUGGAAUUGUUGAUGGAUAGACUUGAAAAGGAAUCAUAUUUUCAAGCAACUCAGAAUGGUCAGGAGACAACAGCAACCGUUGAUGAGGAUGCCGUGUGCUGUAUUUGUAUGGAUGGUGAAUGUCAGAACACAAAUGUUAUAUUAUUCUGUGACAUGUGCAACUUAGCCGUUCAUCAGGAUUGUUAUGGGGUACCAUACAUUCCAGAAGGGCAAUGGCUAUGCAGGCGAUGCUUACAGUCACCUUCACGUCUAGUAAAUUGCGUCUUAUGUCCCAACACAGGAGGAGCUUUCAAACAGACGGAUCAAGGUACAUGGGCUCAUGUAGUUUGUGCCCUUUGGAUACCUGAAGUACGUUUCGCUAACACAGUCUUCUUGGAGCCUAUCGACUCGAUCGAGACGAUCCCGGCGGCGCGCUGGAAGCUGCAGUGCAUGGUGUGCAAGCAGCGCGGCGCGGGCGCCUGCAUCCAGUGCCACCGCAGCAACUGCUACUCCGCCUUCCACGUCACCUGCGCGCAGCAGGCCGGUUUAUAUAUGAAAAUGGAAGCGGCCGGUUCAGGGCGGGACCCUAGCCAACCAGUGCAAGUCGCAAAAAUGGCAUAUUGCGAUACACAUACCCCAGCUCAUAUAUUGCAGGAGAGACGAGCGCAGGAAUCUGAAGGUGAAAAUAAAUCCACAGAUUUAUCAGCGGUAAGAAUGAAAGGCCGGGAAAAAAUAAAACAGGCGCGGCGCGUGCUGGCGCUGAAGCGCACGUGGGCGCCGGUGGUGCUGGUGCCGACGCUGCCGGCCGAGCGCGUGGCGGAGAUCGCGCAGCUGGCGCACGGGCCGCCCGCCGCGCGCGCCGCGCUCAUGAAGCGCCUGCUGGCCUACUGGACGCUCAAGCGCCACAGCCGCAACGGCGUGCCGCUGCUGCGCCGCCUGCAGAGCCUCACCAGCCACCACGGUAGCAGAGGUAUUCAAGAUGGUACGGUCAAUAUAAGAGAAUUGUGCAACCAGUUGAAGUACUGGCAGAGAAUACGGCAAGAUUUGGAAAGAGCAAGGCUACUGUGCGAGCUGGUGCGCAAGCGCGAGCGCAUGAAGGCGGAGUACACGCGCGUGUGCGAGCGCUGCGUGCUGCACUCGCUGCGGCCCGAGCGCGCCGCGCUGCACAAGCUGCUGCGCCUGCUGCGCCUCGCCGACCUCAGCGACGUGUUCAGCGAGCCCGUCGACCCGCUCGAGGUACCAGAUUAUAGUACAAUAGUGAAAAAUCCAAUGGAUUUGAGCACGAUGGGAAAGAAAUUAGACAAAGGCUCUUACAAGACGAUAGACGAAGUCGAGACUGAUUUUCAACUCAUGAUCGAUAAUUGUCUCACGUACAACAACAAGGACACCGUGUUCUACAAAGCUGGAAUAAAAAUGCGAGAGCAGUGCGCCAUUAUAUUCCGCCAAGCGCGUCGUGACGUCAUCGAAGCCGGCAUGGUGGAGCUGGCGGGCGCGGGGGAGGCGGUCGCCGACAGUGCGGAAGAGGCUGCGGUCGAAAAGCCGCGGCGUGGCGGGCGGCGCUCCAGCAGCGACAGCGAGCACACCGCCGACACUCGCAGCGAGCGAGGUGCGUCCGUAGCGCGAAGUGAACGACGCAAUACGAGUGUUAACAGGGACACAGAUGAGGAUACUAAUACGCGCGCGUCGCCGGCGCGGGCGGCGAGCAAGGCCAACCGCAACUGGUGGACGGGGCGCGGCAGGGGGCGCGGGCGGCGGGGGCGGCGCGGGCGCGGCCGGCCCGCCGCGCGCGCGCGCGACCGCGACACCCCGACGACAGAUUCCGAAACACCCCUUGUGACCAGGAAGAGUGUGGAACGCACGCAAAAAUUGGCUACUCCUGAAAAGUCGCCUCCAAAGCAACCUGACACGCCCGUUCUAGGGCUGCUGGGAAGUCUAAGAAAGCCGACUUUGUUAGUUACGCCGUCUACGUUAGCAACGCCGCCUAAAAGCUUUGGAUCUGAUGCGUCAUUGCCUACAUUAUCAGCCAGCAUGGGCCGGACGAACUUGGAGACUUCUCCCAGGAAGAAAGGACGCGGCAGACCGAGGAAACAGGACAAAGAUAAGUCCGUGUCAUCUCCUGAUGUUUUUAGGAGUAUGGGUGGCGAGGGCGCAGUUCCGGGUGGAGCGUCCUUCUUACAGUACCGCGGGCCGCCCGGAGAGGUCGGCUCGGACAGCGAUCUCGCUCUAUCUAGAUCUUCGAGCAGCAGCUCUGUGUGGUCGCAGUCGUGUUCGUCGUGCACGCACUACGAUGACGAAAACGCGUCUGACCACUCCUGCUCCUUCAGCUCGAGCGACGGAUCUAGCUACAACGAGACGAUGGACUCGACGGUGGAGGGCAGCGGGCCCGAGCCGCGUCGCCGGGAGCGCCGCGCCGCGCACGAGCCGCCCACCACGCCCGUUAAGGGUCGAGGCACGAGGUCGUCUACAUCUAAAACGCCGGUAAAAACUGCACAGCCCGACAUUCAGCUUGAACCGUUACAACUUGUGUGGGCAAAGUGCAGAGGUUACCCAUGGUAUCCAGCUUUAAUCAUCGACCCAAAAAUGCCAAAAGGCUUUAUUUACAAUGGGGUUCCUCUCCCUGUUCCACCACAAGACGUCCUUAACCUUAAGAAGAACUAUGCACAUGAACCGAUCCUUUAUCUUGUGCUAUUUUUCGACGUGAAACGUACUUGGCAAUGGCUGCCCCCCAAUAAAUUAGAAUCAUUAGGUAUAGACAAAAGCGUAGAUCAAGCUAAACUGGUCGAAUCCAGGAAACCCACCGAUAGAAAGGCUGUUAAGAAGGCCUAUGGUGAUGCGAUGCAGUUUAGGAAACAAGUCGAUGGAGACAAAUGACAUAGGUUUCGUUAUCGGUCUAGACGGCCGACGAGAAAUAGAG